AGCAGGGGGCAGUAGUCGCUGGGCGCUGUAUGGACGGUACUUCCUGUCGACGUAGGACGUGAGGGAAAGUUCAAAUAACAAUAACAAUCCCAACAAUAAAGUGUUCUUCUGAAGUAGUUUGGUAACGGAACAUUUUGAUGGCUGAUUUAGAAAGCCAGCGCAGUUUGUCGGGUCUCUGGGUCCUGGGGAAUAACCAGCUGGUGGAUGAAUGGAAGAGACAGGGAGUGCAGCUGUUCAGUCGCGACCCAGACCCCAGCAGACUGAAGCAGCGUUCUGCUGACUUCCACAAACUGCUGCUGAAGAUCCAAGGCGUGCCCCCCGCCCCGGACCGGUCUCAGCUGGAGCUGGUGGUGCGGUUCAACGCGUGCGUGUUCUCCGUCGCUCAGGCCCAGACGGAGCGCGCCCAGGCGCUGCUCACAGAGGGCCUGCACAGAGUUCUGACCCCCUCAGCUCUCGGGGUCGCGGGGGGGACCUGUGGGGGGACGACCGGUGACCCCUCCUCUGAGGCCCCCUCUCUCUGGGGCCCUGCUCUGAGGGCCGUGGCCGACGGGCCCCUGGCGGUCGGCACGCUGCGGCUGCUCUGCCUGCAGUGGGCCGUGUGGCUGUCCUCAAACCGCCUCACACACAUACAGGAGCUGAGGGGCGAGCUCUCCUCUCUGUCGGACAGACUGUCUGCUCUUGAAGAGGAGGAGGAGAGGAAGAGGAGUCUGUCUGCGUCGGACCACGAGCCCCCCCGCCUGGUGGCGGACCCCCUGCGGCUGACGGAGCUGCUGGACGUCUGCACCGUCGUGGCCCGAGGGGCCGAGUGGCUGAGUGACGGCCGUCCUUCAGACGCUCUGUCGGAGCUCCAGAGAGCCUUCUCCCUCCCGGCCCCCCGGGACGUCCUGGCCCAGGCACACGUCCUCUCGGGCCGCUGCCUCGCCGACACGGGCCGCCCCCAGAUGGCGCUGUUGUGCUUCAUGAGGGCCAUGGAGACGGAGCCCCACUGUGUCUCCGCACUUUACCACAGCACUGAGGUCUACCGCCAGCUGGGGAACGUAACGGCCCUGGUGGAGGGUCUCCGGCUGCUCAAUACGGCCCUGAGGCUGCCGCCCCCCGCCGCCCCCAGCAUGACGGCGGAGGUGUCCCCGCUGAGCGCCCCCCUGCUGCUGGGCAGCCCGGCGCUGGGGAGCCUGCUGUCGGCCCCCCCGGCCCCCAGCGUGCAGCGCCGCCUGGCCCUGAGCUGUGUCCUCCACGGGCGGGUGGCUGAGGGCGUGGAGCUCUACCUGGACCUGCUGGCCGACCUCCAAUCAGAUCCUCAACACGCGGUCCCCCCGGGAUCGGUCCAGGCCCCGCCCCCGGUCCAGGCCUCGCCGCGGGGGGCGGAGCUCUACCUGGAGGCCGCCGCCGCCCUGCUCCUGGCCGGGCGGGGCCCCGACUGCUGGGCGCUCUGCGACGAGGUCCUGAGCGCCACCCUGGACCUGCUGCCCCAGAGGCUCACCCUGGGGGACCCCUCGGAGGACCAGGACCGGGACCAGGACCGGGACCAGGACCCCCUGGACGUGGUGCUGUGGGCGGGGUCGGCCCACCUGCUCCAGGCACACUGCCAGGCCGCCCUGGAGGACUGGAAGCAGGCGGUGACCUGCUACACCAGGUGUAUCAACCUAACGGGGAAGGUGUGUUUUAAAACCCACGGGCCCCCGCCCCCGCCCCCCUCCGGAGACCUCUCCGGGCGGCCCGGGGCUGGACUCCGCUCCCUCCAGACGCUGAAGGGGCUCUCGCUGGCCGGCCGCGGAGUCUGCUUCACCCAGAGGGACCAGCUCAGAGAGGCCCUCGGGGACCUGCAGCUCAGCGCGCUGGUCUCACCUGGGGGUGUCGGCGCAGGGCUGUGGCUGGGGGAGGUGCUCUGGAGGCUGGACAGACGUCGGGAGGCGGCCUCCUGCUGGGAGAGGAGCCUGGCUGCUGAAUCACCUGCCGAGACUCUUCCGUUGUACCUACAAGAGCCCAGAUCAAGUCCUUCGCUGGAUCCCAGGGUUCUCCGCAGCCGAGUACAGAGUCUGACACAGACGUAGCACAGAAUUACAAUACGGACAUUUGGGACUGAAACCUUUUUCAAUCCACCGUUUACAUGCAUGCACUGACCUGAUGAGAACAUGUUACAUUUAAGUUGUUGCUAGCUUUGUCAUGUAAAAAAUUAAAUGAAUGAAUGCACUUUACCAAUAAGGAUUUAAAUCAGAGGGAGAGAACUAUUAUCCAAUCAAGGAAUGUGUAAUGUGCAAUUACAGGUAAUGAUUUAAUUUGAUUAAAACCUUGACACAACAUAAACCCAAUUAA